AAACUCAAUUGGGCCAUGGAUCCCAAUAGGGGAAUCAUGCUGGCCCACAAAAUGAACGGCGAGGAUCUCCGUCCUGACCACGGCCGUCCCCUGAGAGCCGUCGUACCCGGCCAGAUCGGUGGCCGAAGUGUCAAAUGGCUCAAGAAGCUCAUUCUGACUGAUGCGCCCAGUGAUAACUGGUACCACAUCUAUGACAACCGAGUAUUACCGUAAGACUCGCCUAUCCGACCACAAGAGUACGUUGUCUUAACUUUUAUCCAGGACAAUGGUUUCGCCUGAAAUGUCAUCCAGUGACCCAAACUGGUGGCGCGAUGACCGAUAUGCGAUUUAUGAUUUGAACGUGAACUCUUCUGUAGUAUACCCCGAGCACAAGGAGGUGCUGGAUCUUGCGUCGGCAGGCCCGUCGUACAACGUGAAAGGAUAUGCCUAUGCAGGAGGCGGUCGGAGGAUUACAAGAGUUGAAAUAUCUUUAGACAAAGGCAAAUCCUGGCGAUUGGCCAACAUUUCAUAUGCCGAAGACAAGUAUCGUGACUUCGAAGGGGACCUGUUCGGUGGCAGAGUAGACAUGUCUUGGCGCGAGACUUGUUUCUGCUGGAGCUUUUGGUCGCUGGAUAUCGCCAUUCCCGAGCUAGAAAAUACAGAUGCCAUUCUUGUGCGGGCCAUGGAUGAGGCCUUGUCUCUCCAACCGCGCGAUAUGUACUGGUCUGUUCUGGGCAUGAUGAAUAAUCCUUGGUUCCGGGUCACCAUCACAAAGGAGAAUGGGACUCUCAGGUUCGACCACCCAACAGAUCCUACCGGGCCUGGUGGAUGGAUGGAACGCGUCAAAAAGGCCGGUGGUGAUCUGGUCAACGGUAACUGGGGAGAAAGACACGCAGGAGAGGAACCGGCAGAGCCAGAGCCCGAGAAGGAGAUCAACAUGAAGAAAGACGGCGUGAACCGGAUGAUCGACCUUGAAGAAUUCAAGAAGAACUCAAGCGAUGAGAAACCCUGGUUCAUCGUGAACGGCGAAGUGUACGAUGGCACGGCAUUCCUUGAGGGCCAUCCUGGAGGAGCUCAGAGUAUCAUUUCCUCUGCUGGCAUCGACGUUUCGGAGGAAUUUUUGGCCAUCCAUAGCGAAACGGCCAAAGCCAUGAUGCCUGAUUACCAUAUCGGAACCAUGGAUAAGGCGUCGUUGGAAGCGCUCAAGAACGAUAGCGCACCAGAAUCAGAUGAACCUCGCGCAACAUUCCUCCAGUCCAAAUCAUGGUCAAAGAUGACCCUUGUGAAGAGGAAGGACGUGUCAUGGGACACCCGCAUUUUCACUUUCCAGCUUCAACAUGACAAACAGACCCUGGGCCUGCCCAUUGGCCAGCAUCUCAUGAUCAAGGUCGCCGACCCCACCAGCAAAGAAUCCAUUAUCCGCUCAUACACCCCUAUAUCUGAUACCAAUCAGGAAGGCACCAUGGACCUGCUGGUCAAGAUCUACUUCGACACGCCCACGGUCAAAGGUGGCAAGAUGACCAUGGCUUUAGAAAAGCUUGCGUUGGGAUCAGAAAUCGAUUGCAAGGGUCCCACUGGCAGGUUCGAGUACCUUGGAAACGGCAAGAUCAUGGUGAGCGGCAAAGAGCGUCAUGUUAGUUCUUUCAAGAUGAUCUGUGGAGGAACUGGUAUCACGCCAAUUUUCCAAGUGCUACGUGCAGUGAUACAGGACAAGCAGGACCCAACCUCAUGCGUGGUCCUGGAUGGCAAUAGACAGGAAGAGGACAUUCUCUGUCGUGACGAACUGGACGCCUAUGAAGCGUUGGAUAGCAAGAAGUGCAAGGUGGUACACACCUUAACCAAGGCUCCGGAGAGUUGGACUGGACAUCGUGGACGUAUAUCGGAAGACCUGCUGAAGGAGUAUGCCAUUCCCGAUGGCAAGAGCAUGGUGCUUAUCUGUGGUCCAGAGGCCAUGGAGAAGUCCGCCCGCAAGAUCCUACUGGAGCAAGGAUGGGCGGAGUCGGACCUUCAUUUCUUCUGAAGGGAGCACCUUCUCGGUUCUGGAAAUAGCCUUCGUCA